UGCUGCUGGCGGGGAGGCGGGGGGCCCGGGCCGCUCUGGAUGGUGGUUAAAAUGAUCAUAGAAAACUUCGAGGCGCUGAAAUCCUGGCUCAGCAAAACCUUGGAGCCCAUAUGUGAUGCAGAUCCAUCUGCCCUGGCCAAAUAUGUACUGGCUUUGGUAAAGAAGGAUAAAAGUGAAAAGGAACUGAAGGCAUUAUGUGUUGAUCAGCUGGAUGUAUUUCUUCAGAAAGAAACUCAGAUAUUUGUGGAAAAACUGUUUGAUGCUGUGAAUACAAAAAGCUACCUACCUCCACCAGAACAGCCAUCGUCAGGAAGCCUGAAAGUAGAAUUUUUUCAGCACCAAGAAAAAGAGACAAAAAAAGAAGAGAUAGUUAAAGAGGAAGAGCGAGAGAAAAAGUUCUCUAGAAGAUUAAAUCACAGCCCUCCUCAGUCAAGUUCUCGUUACAGAGAUACCAGAAGCCGUGAUGAAAGGAAAAAAGAUGAACGUUCUCGGAAGAGAGAUUAUGACAGAAAUCCUCCCAGAAGAGAUUCCUAUAGGGAUCGAUAUAACAGACGAAGAGGGAGGAGUCGGAGCUACAGCAGGAGUAGAAGUAGAAGUUGGAGCAAAGAGAGAUUGCGGGACCGUGAUCGAGACCGGAGCAGAAGCCGGAGCAGAACACGAAGCAGAGAGAGAGAUUUGGGAAAGCCAAAAUAUGACAUGGAUAGAACAGAUCCAUUAGAGAACAAUUAUACUCCAGUUUCUUCUGUGACAAAUAUUUCAUCUGGCCACUACCCUGUCCCUACACUGAGCAGUACUAUUACUGUUAUUGCUCCUGCUCAUCAUGGAAACAACACUACUGAAAGCUGGUCGGAGUUCCAUGAAGAGCAGCUGGACCACAACUCCUACGGAAGACCUCCGCUGCCAAAGAAACGCUGUAGAGAUUAUGACGAAAAGGGUUUCUGUAUGAGAGGAGACAUGUGCCCUUUUGAUCAUGGAAGCGAUCCCGUAGUGGUAGAAGAUGUGAAUCUUCCUGGCAUUCUGCCUUUUCCAGCACAACCCCCUGUUGUUGAAGGACCACCUCCUCCUGGACUUCCUCCCCCUCCACCAAUUCUGAGUCCUCCUCCUGUUAACCUUAGACCUCCAGUACCACCACCAGGCCCCUUACCACCUAGCCUUCCACCUGUAACAGGACCACCCCCUCCACUUCCACCCUUACAGCCUGCUGGCAUGGAUGCCCCCCCAAACUCAGCAACUAGCUCAGUUCCUACUGUUGUUACAACGGGUAUUCAUCACCAGCCGCCUCCUGCUCCACCCUCUCUUUUUACAGCAGGUGUAGUACUGAGGCUUUGCCCACAAGAAACGUAUGACACAGAUGGCUAUAAUCCAGAGGCUCCAAGUAUAACAAAUACUUCAAGACCUAUGUAUAGACAUAGAGUACAUGCCCAAAGACCAAAUUUGAUAGGACUCACAUCAGGUGAUAUGGAUCUACCACCCAGAGAAAAACCUCCUAAUAAAAGUAGUAUGAGAAUAGUGGUAGAUGCUGAAUCCAGGAAAAGAACAAUUGGUGCAGGGGAUGGUGGAAUUCCUGCAAAGAAGACUUGGUUUGACAAGCAAAAUUUUAACAGAACAAAUAGUCCAGGUUUUCAGAAGAAAGUACAGUUUGGAAAUGAAAAUACAAAGCUUGAAUUGAGAAAAGUUCCCCCAGAACUUAACAAUAUCAGCAAACUUAACGAACACUUCAGUAAGUUUGGAAACUUAGUCAACCUGCAGGUUGCAUAUCAAGGUGAUCCAGAAGGUGCCCUUAUUCAGUUUGCCACACAUGAGGAAGCAAAGAAAGCUAUAUCAAGUACAGAAGCAGUAUUAAAUAAUCGUUUUAUAAAAGUUUAUUGGCAUCGAGAAGGCAGUGUACCGCAAAUCCAAACUACCACACAGAAGGUAAUACAACCCUUAGUUCAGCAACCUACUUUACCAGUAGUGAAGCAAUCGGUGAAGGAGCGACUGGGUCCGGUACCUGCAAGUAAUAUUGAACCUGCAGAAGCACAGAGUGCCAAUACAGAAGUCACUCAGAAUGUGACUAAAUUAUCUGUGAAGGAUAGACUGGGUUUUGUGUCAAAGCCAGUUACUCCAACAACUGAAAAGGUUUUAUCCACUUCUACUGGCUUGACAAAAACUGUGUACAACCCUGCUGCUUUGAAGGCAGCACAGAAAUCUUUGCCUGUUGUUUCCACUUCCGUGCUAGACUCUAAUGAAGCACAGAAGAAAAAACAGGAGGCAUUACGACUUCAACAAGAGAUGAGAAAAAAGAAGCAAGAAAUCUUAGAGAAGCACAUUGAAACACAGAAGAUGCUGAUUUCAAAGCUGGAGAAGAAUAAAGCCAUGAAGUCAGAAGACAAAGCAGAAAUCAUGAAAACACUGGAAAUUUUGACUAAUAGCAUUACCAAGUUAAAGGAUGAAUUAAAAGGUGUAUCACCAGGAGGAGGGACUCCUUUAAAAAGCAUGAAAACUAAGACUCAGAUGCAGAAAGAAUUACUAGAUACCGAACUGGAUUUAUACAAGAAGAUGCAAGCUGGGGAGGAAGUUACUGAAUUAAGACGAAAAUAUACAGAACUACAGCUGGAAGCUGCCAAACGAGGGAUUCUUUCUUCAGUUCGUGGUAGAGGGGUUCAUGCAAGAGGUCGGGGCGCAUCACGUAGCAGAGGUAGAGGAAUACGAGGCCGGGGAAGAGGCAGAGGAGUUCCUGUGCAUGCAGUUGUGGAUCAUCGACCUAGGGCGUUAGAAAUCUCUGCCUUUACAGAAAGCGAUAGAGAAGAUCUUCUUCCUCAUUUUGCGCAAUAUGGUGAAAUUGAAGAUUGCCAGAUAGAUGACUCUUCUCUCCAUGCGGUGAUUACUUUCAAAACAAGAGCAGAAGCCGAAGCUGCUGCAAUUCAUGGAUCUCGUUUUAAAGGACAAGAGCUGAAGUUGGCAUGGAACAAGCCUGUUGCUAGUAUGUCAGCUGUUGAAACAGAAGAAGCUGAACCCGAUGAAGAAGAAUUUCAGGAAGAAUCUUUGGUGGAUGACUCGUUGCUUCAAGAUGAUGAUGAAGAGGAGGAGGAGAAUGAAUCUCGUUCAUGGAGAAGAUGAUUCAACUGAUCAAUGACAGUGCUAGAACUGCACCUGUGUUGCAUUAGUAUUACCUAAUGUACUUCUGCAUCUUUGUAUUAAAAGGGGUUUUGUGAUGAAGUUGGAUUCAGAUAUAGAUUAAAAAGCAGCUGGUCAAUUAUA